AUGAAGGAUUCAAAACUUUCUAAGUUUAAAGGCAGAUUUAUGAGCAGAACCAGUCACUGGGGACUUACUGGUCAAAAGUUGCGCUACUUCAUUACAAUCGCAUCUAUGACAGGUUUCUCACUGUUUGGAUACGACCAAGGGCUGAUGGCAAGUUUAAUAACGGGUAAACAAUUCAACUAUGAGUUCCCAGCUACUAAAGAAAAUGGGGAUCACGACAGACACGCAACUGUAGUGCAGGGCGCUACUACAUCCUGUUAUGAAUUAGGUUGUUUCGCAGGUUCGCUGUUCGUCAUGUUCUAUGGAGAAAGAAUUGGUAGGAAACCAUUAAUCUUGAUGGGUUCUAUAAUAACCAUCAUUGGUGCUGUUAUUUCUACGUGUGCAUUCCGUGAUUACUGGGCGUUGGGCCAGUUUAUCGUUGGAAGAGUUGUCACAGGUGUUGGAACAGGCUUGAAUACAUCUACUAUUCCCGUUUGGCAAUCGGAAAUGUCCAAGGCAGAAAAUAGAGGUUUGCUGGUCAAUUUAGAAGGUUCCACAAUCGCGUUCGGUACUAUGAUUGCUUAUUGGAUUGAUUUUGGGUUUUCUUACACGAAUAGCUCUGUUCAGUGGAGGUUCCCCGUAUCAAUGCAAAUCGUUUUUGCACUCUUCCUGCUCGCUUUCAUGAUUAAAUUACCUGAAUCGCCACGUUGGCUAAUUUCUCAAAGUCGAACUGAAGAAGCUCGCUACUUAGUGGGAACACUAGAUGACACGGAUCCAAAUGAUGAAGAAGUUAUAACAGAAGUUGCUAUGCUUCACGAUGCUGUUAACAGGACCAAACACGAGAAGCAUUCACUGUCUAGUCUGUUCUCCAGAGGUAAAUCUCAAAAUCUACAGAGGGCUUUGAUUGCAGCUUCAACGCAAUUUUUCCAGCAAUUUACCGGCUGUAACGCUGCUAUCUACUACUCUACUGUGUUAUUCAACAAAACGAUCAAACUAGACCAUAGAUUAUCAAUGAUCAUAGGUGGGGUCUUCGCAACCAUCUAUGCCCUAUCCACUAUUGGUUCGUUCUUCCUAAUUGAAAAGCUAGGUAGACGUAAACUGUUUUUAUUGGGUGCCACAGGUCAAGCAGUUUCAUUCACAAUUACAUUUGCAUGCUUGGUCAAAGAGAACAAAGAGAACGCAAGAGGUGCUGCCGUCGGCUUAUUCUUGUUCAUUACAUUUUUUGGUUUAUCUUUGUUAUCAUUGCCAUGGAUAUACCCACCAGAAAUUGCAUCUAUGAAAGUUCGCGCAUCAACAAAUGCUUUCUCUACAUGCACUAAUUGGUUGUGCAACUUUGCAGUUGUCAUGUUCACUCCAAUUUUUAUUGGACAGUCGGGAUGGGGUUGCUACUUAUUUUUUGCUGUUAUGAAUUAUUUAUACAUUCCAGUUAUCUUUUUCUUCUACCCUGAAACUGCCGGCAGAAGUUUGGAAGAAAUCGACAUCAUCUUUGCUAAGGCUUACGAAGAUGGCACUCAACCAUGGAGAGUUGCCAACCACUUGCCUAAGUUAUCCUUACAGGAAGUCGAAGAUCAUGCUAAUGCAUUAGGCUCCUACGACGACGAAAUGGAAAAGGAUGACUUUGCUGAAGAUAGAGUAGAAGAUACCUACAACCAGAUUAACGGCGACAACUCAUCUAGUUCCUCAAAUAUCAAAAAUGAAGAUACAGUUAAUGAUAAAGCAAAUUCCGAAAGCUAA